AUGGCGGAGGAACUGGAUGUAGCUGGGCUGACGUUGCAUCCGACAUCAUCUGGAGGUGAACAGGUCAACGGCGUGCUUGGUACUGAAAGCGGCAGUGGUGCGACGUCGAAGCCGACUACGGGAGCGAAGCCUACGGGACCUAUACCGAUGAGCAUGCCGUCCAUCCUGCGAAACACUGGAACGCCAUCAUACCUUCUCAAUCAACCUUCUUCGUCCUAUCCACCUACCAAUCCCACUCGUACACGUCGGAAAGAACCUUCUCUCGGGCGACGCAAACAACGACGAUCCGAAAACCUUCGACUCCUAACCACUCCUUCUGCUCGACCUACACCGAAAGAUUACAGAUUACAUUCGAAUGCCAUCAAGUCCACUUUUUCAUCGGCUGCUGCGAAGAGCGUUCCGGUACCUUCGUCGAGCAAAGCUGGAUUCAGCGAACCAAAUUUUGAUGCGUACAGCGCGAAUCAGGGGUACUUUGGAACAUCUCUGAAGGAUGCACAGAGGACACUUCGGUCGUUCAAGGUUGAUGAUGAGAUGAUCAGGGAGGGUAAAGCGGGGGAGCUGGAGAGGUUUAUCUGGUUGGUGGAGAGGGAGAUCCGAACAUGGAGUUGUGCCGACGUUUUCCUAUUCAACACCACUACUUCCAACAAAACGGGAAGAGUUUUGCUCGACGACCAGUUCAACUUCCCACAAUCCUCCGAGGAUAUCAACUUGGACGACGUCAAACCGGGCGGCUUGGUUGGUCAAGUGGUCGAAUUCCAACGAACACCAAAUGCACUCGUAUGGCUGGUGGAAGAUCCCUUCCUCCGCUUAGUGGUGCAUUGUCUUUCGAGGGUGCUCAAGUGUCCAAGCUUUAGCAAAGACGAUACGACCAGACCAGGAUUACGCUUCACCUGGAUCCUCAACCCAAACCCCAUGGCUAGAAAGCGAGGAAGAAGAGGUAGGAGAGUCAGCGUGUCUAGCGAUGCUCCCUCCACCACCACCACCACCGUCGCCGACAGAGUGAUCGGGCUGAAUGCUGGGAUGGAUACCCCUCCAACGACGGAUUUCGACAGUCAGACGGAAAGCGAGGUCGAGACGGACACAGAUGCUGAAGCAGACGGCUUGGCUGGAUCGAUGGUGUUGGUGCCCCCACCAGGGCAGGAGGUGGAGGAGGAGAGGAAUGUGGAUACGGAUGAGGAGGAAGUAGAGAUCUUGAGGAGGGUGAGGAGGUGGGCGAUCGAUAGCGGAAGGCAGCGGAGGAGAGAAGAUGCACAGGUGGGGGAAGAGUCGGCUCAACAGGGGGAUCCGGAUCGGACGCUCAUGGCUGCAGAUGUGAUUGAUGAAGAGCAGGAGGAGGAGGAAGAGUUUGAUGAAGAGGACGAGUAUGGGGAGAGCAGCGAUGACGGCGAUGAUGACGAGACCCAACUGUUCCUUAUCCGCUCCCUUGAGCACGAUCCUAUUCGGCUGCGGGAUCUGCACCUGCACACCGUGCGGUACAGGCAGCAGUACGGGAUGCGAGUAACCCAGCCUGAUGUGCAACCUCAUAUUCGGACCCUGUUUCUCCGCUGCUUCCCUCGCUCGCUGUGCUCUCUCCACCUCGGCUUGCUUUGCAGCUUCGGAGAGGAAGAACGACUUGGUUCCGGCGAGAGCGAUGUCGAGUUUGGAGCGACGAGGGAGCGGGUCAGGUUCGAUGGAGGCGCGGUAACCUACGCCGACGAGUUUGAGCGAGACUGUGUGGCCUUCCGAUACGCCGUGGAGGGCGUUGUUGAGGAGGGAGCGGGUGAGACCCCAGGUUCCGCGUUGACGCUUUUGAGAGUCGUCCUUGAUGGAGAGGGUGAUGCGGGAGGGGGAGGCGGUGGUGGGAUCGUCAGAGGUGGUGUUGAGCAGGACGCACUCGUGGAGCGGGACGACGACUUCGCCCUUUGGACCGCUGACGAGGACGGAUUUGGCGCGGCGGAGAGAGGGGAGCAGCGGUCGUGA